CGGAGCCUCCCGCGGCCGCGGCGCCGGGAGCUCGCAAACCCGGAAGACGCGCUCGGGAGGCCGGGAGUUGCGCGCCGGUCCGGCCCGGCCAUGCAGAGCCUGGAGUUGGGUUUGGUUCCCGCUCCAGCGAGGGAGCCGAGACUGAACCGCUGGCUGCGGAGAGGCAGCGGGGUCUUGGCGCACCUGCUGGCUUUGGUCUUCACCAUCUUCCUGACGGUGCUGUCCCGGCCGGGAACCAGUCUUUUCUCCUGGCACCCUGUUUUCAUGGCCUUGGCGUUCUGCGUCUGCAUGGCCGAGGCCAUCCUCCUCUUCUCGCCUGACCACUCCCUGUUCUCCUGCUGCUCCCGGAAGGCCCGGAUCGGACUGCACUGGGCGGGGCAGGCCCUGGCCCUCCUCUGCGCGGCCCUGGGCCUGGGCUUCAUCGCGGCCAGCCGGACCCGCAGCGAGCUGCCCCACCUGGCGUCCUGGCACAGCUGGGCGGGGGCCCUGACGCUGCUGGCCACGGGCGGCCAGGCGCUGUGCGGGCUCUGCCUGCUCUGCCCCCGGGCCGCCCGGGUCUCCAGGGUCGCCCGCCUCAAGCUCUACCACCUGACGGGCGGGCUGGUGGUCUACCUGAUGGCCACGGUGACGGUGCUCCUGGGCAUGUACUCGGUGUGGUUCCAGGCCCAGAUCAAAGGCGCGGCCUGGUACCUGUGCCUGGCGCUGCCCCUCUACCCCGCCCUGGUGAUCAUGCACCAGAUCUCCAGCUCCUACCUGCCCAGGAAGAAGACGGAGAUACUGUGACUCCGGCCGGCACCCUGGCCUUGGGCUUCAGGGGUCUGUCUGGUGGCCCUGAAGGGUAGGGUUUUUAUAACCUCUGGCUGGGCUGACGGGGGACUCGGCGGAUCGAAAUGGGGAGACGUCCUGGGUGCAAGUAACAGGUGAUGGGGCGCUGGGUCCUGAGCCUCCAUGCCGGACGGGAGCCAGGAGGGCUGGGUGCUGGUGUUGAUGGUGGUGAUGGUGGUGAUCGAUGGCGGGGGCGUGUCUGCUGGAGGGUUGGGUUCCUGCCGGUAGGAAGGCAGCUGUGGCCCCUGGAGUCGCUCCUGAGGAAGCUCCUGGUGGGGCGGACAGAGCCCACGGGCUUGUCUGUGGGCUGAGGUCCUCGUAGGCUCUGCUGGGUGACCUUAUGCAAGUCUCAUGUCUCAGGAGCUCGGCGUCCGUGUCUGUGUGAGGAGUGUUUCCGAGUGGCCUCUGACACCCCUUGUCGGUGAGGCUGACCGCACAGCACCCCCUCCUGCGCUGGACCCCUUAGGAGACUCAGGAUGCCAUUCUUACCUCUGUGAUCCCCUUUCCACCCCGGAGGGACAGACCUGCCCCCGGGGCCUGGCGGGAAUCUCUGCCGAUUGGGCCCCAGACCAGGCCACAAGGGGUCCGGUGCUGUGGAGGGAAGGGUCCCGGGUGGGGAUCUCUGGAACUCCGACACAGCAAAGACACUAACGUCACUUUAAAGCCACGGGGAGAGCCCUGCCCGUGUGGCUCAAUGGAUAGAGCACCUGCCAGUGGACUGAAGGGUCAGGGGUUCGAUUCCAAUCAGGGUCACAUACCUCAGUUGCAGGCUUGAUCCCCCAGCCCUGGGUGGGGCACGUGCGGGAAGCAGCCAGCCAAUGUGUCUCUCGCACAUCGACGUUUCUCUCCGUGUGUCUCUCCCCCUCCCUUCCUCUCUCUCUAAAAACCAAUGGGAAGCUGUCCUCGGGCGAAGAUGACCAAAAAUAAAAACAA